AUGUCUGAAUUCGACAAGUACACUACGCCUUUGUCGUCCCGUUAUGCCUCCGAGGAGAUGUCCUCAAUCUUCUCGCUGAGAAACCGUUUUUCGACCUGGAGAAAACUUUGGUUGAACUUGGCGAUUGCCGAGAAGGAAUUAGGUCUUUCCGUUAUCACAGACGACGCCAUCUCUGAGAUGGGACAACAUUUGAGGAUCACGGACGAGGAAAUCGCCGAGGCCUCUAAACAAGAAGCCAUUGUCAGACACGACGUCAUGGCACACGUGCACGCUUUUGGCCAGACUUGUCCUUCUGCCGCUGGUAUUAUUCACUUGGGUGCGACUUCCUGUUUCGUCACCGACAACGCUGACCUGAUCUUUUUGAGAGACGCCUACGACUUGUUGAUUCCAAAGCUUGUCAAUGUGAUCGACAGACUUGCCAAGUUCGCCGUCGAGUGGAAGGACCUGCCUGUGUUGGGAUGGACUCACUUUCAGCCAGCUCAACUAACUACUUUGGGUAAGAGAGUGACCCUUUGGGUCCAGGAGUUGUUGUGGGAUCUAAGAAACUUUGUCAGAGCCAGAAACGAUCUUGGUUUGCGCGGUGUCAAGGGUACUACUGGUACCCAGGCUUCCUUCUUGGCGUUGUUCCACGGAGACCACGACAGAGUCGAGGCCCUCGACAAGAGAGUGACUGAAUUGCUAGGAUUCGACACCGUUUACCCAGUUACAGGCCAAACCUAUUCCAGAAAAAUCGACAUUGACGUCUUGUCGCCUUUGUCGUCUUUCGCUGCCACUGCUCACAAGAUGGCCACCGACAUCAGACUAUUAGCCAACUUGAAAGAAAUCGAAGAGCCUUUCGAAAAGUCUCAAAUCGGAUCCUCCGCUAUGGCUUACAAGAGAAACCCCAUGCGUUGUGAGCGUGUGUGCUCUUUGGCCAGACACUUGGGCUCGUUAUUCAGCGAUGCAGUCCAGACCGCGUCCGUUCAAUGGUUCGAAAGAACUCUGGACGACUCUGCCAUUAGACGAAUUUCAUUGCCAAGUGCUUUCUUGACCGCCGAUAUUUUGCUAUCUACUUUGCUUAACAUUUCCUCGGGUCUAGUUGUGUACCCAAAGGUUAUUGAAAGAAGAAUCAAAAGUGAGCUUCCAUUCAUGGCCACUGAAAAUAUCAUCAUGGCCAUGGUUGGCAAGGGCGCAUCGAGACAAGAAGUCCAUGAGUCCAUCCGUGUCUUAUCACACCAAGCCGCCGCUGUCGUUAAGGAAGAAGGUGGCGACAAUGAUUUGAUAGAGCGCGUCAAGAAAGAUGAUUUUUUCCAACCAAUCUGGGACGAGUUGGACUCUUUACUUGAACCAUCUACUUUUGUCGGCAGAGCUCCACAACAGGUUGUUAAGUUCGUUAGCGUCGACGUCGCAGAUGCAUUGGCUCCAUUUCAGGACAAAAUCACCGAUGAACAAGUCAAGUUGAGCGUUUAG